CACACACACACACACACACAUAAAGCCUCCCCGCCCACUUGCCCGGACAUGUUGCUGUCUGCCACCUUUGCUCGUCGGAUUGCCACCCACACGACCGCCCCCUCCCUCCUCCGUACCAUUAUGACCCAUCCGAUGCCCGCCUCCGAUGUGGUUUUCCGCGUGAAGCGCCUCUCGCCCCAGGGCCACCUGCCCAUGCGCGCCUCCAAGGGCGCCGCCGGCUACGAUCUGUUCAGUGCCCGCGACAUGGUCAUCCCUGCGCGCUCUCGGGCCCUGGUCCCCACCGACAUCAGCCUCGCCCUGCCGGAGGGCACGUACGGUCGCAUGGCCCCGCGCUCCAGCCUGGCCCUGCGCCAUGGCAUCGACGUCGGUGCCGGUGUCAUCGACUGCGACUACCGCGGCCCGCUGGGGGUCAUGCUCUUCAACCACAGCGAUGAGGACUUCCAGGUGGUCGCCGGCAACCGCAUUGCCCAGCUCAUCAUCGAGACUAUCAUCACCCCGCCGGUGGUGGAGGUGGACGACCUGGACGAUACUGAGCGCGGCGCCGGUGCCUUCGGUUCCACUGGCGCUUGAUGCCCUGCUCCCCUCCCCCCCCCCUCCCAAGCCGGGUUUUUUUGUCACCCCUGUUCAGAUAGAUGUUUUUGUUUUUUGCCCUUGUUUCUGUUUUUUUCGGCGACCAGGCCCGGCAAUGUGCGUGUGUGUGUAUGUAUGGCACCGACAACAGGCCAGAGGGGGCUUGUAUUUCAGCCUGGUAGGCAGGUGGCGGGUCAGGAAUUUGCCUGGCCGGUGUCCUCGUGGGCGGUGGCUUCGGUAUUGACCUCCACCGACUCCGAGUCAGCCGUAUCGCCGGGGGUGCUGGUGUCAGUGGUGGCGGCACCGGUGGUGGGAGUGACAUGUGCAUCGGCAUCGGCCCCGGUGGCCGCAUCGACUGCGACAUUGGCGGCACCAUCAGCGGGAGCUUCUGCGGUAGUGGCGGCGUCGGUGGCGACGACAUUGGUGGUGAUAUUGGUGGCAGCAUCAGCGGCGACGUCAGCGGCGGCAUCAGCGGCGGCA